AUGCCUCCAACUCCGGAGUCAAUAUCUAUUGGCAAAGGGGAUUGUGGGUCCAAACUUGGUGACACUUCCAAUUUUGAAAGACCUAUUGGUAGGAAGGUUGAAAAGGUCAUCCGAAAGAACAAAGCCACCGGAAAAGAUGUAGGGGAAUAUUUGACCAAGAAAUUGAAAUUGAUUGAGGAUGUUGCAUCCAUGAAUCACUAUUUGUUUUGCAAGUUCCUUCUUGAUGACUCAGAUAAAGAUGAGAUAAUCGAAAAACUUGUUAUGGAAACAUCACAACCUAAACGUCGUUGUUCUAUCCGACGUAAUCAUUUGGUAGAAGCUCAUGACUCUUACUUUGUCCAAAAAAGAAAUAGUGUCAAAAAACUUGUUUUAUCUUCAUUACAAAAGAUAAUUGCUGCACUUAGAAUGCUUACGUAUGGAGUAUCGGGUGAUUUGAUAGAUAAAUAUGUGCAGAUUGGAGAAACUACUGCAGUAGAAAGUUUGAAAAAAUUUGUUACUACGCGAUCUCAUGUAUUUAAUGAACUUGCUGAAGGACGUGCUCCUGCAGUACAUUACUUAAUCAAUGGUCAUGACUACACAAUGAGAUAUUACCUUGCUGAUGGCAUAUAUCCAAAAUUGGCAAUAUUUGUAAAAACAAUCCCAGCUCCACAAGGACAGAAGUAUAAAUUAUUUGCAGCAGCCCAAGAAGCGUGUAGGAAGGAUGUUGAGCGUGCAUUUGGAGUACUUCAAGCACAUUUCACAAUUGUCCAUGGACCUGCACGAUUUUUCCAUCUUGAAACACUCCAAAAGAUCAUAAAAGCGUGCAUAAUUCUCCACAACAUGAUUGUUGAAGAUGAGUGGGAAGAUGAGCGGGAUGAUAAUGAAGCGGUAGACUUGGAUUAUGAACAAAAUGAUGGAGUGGAUAAUCCUCCUCUGCAAGUGUAA